AUGUCUCGCUUGUCUCACGUAGAAACGUUGGAGGAAACAUGCUUCACAAGCUCGAUCGAAAGCUCUGUAGACGCAGCAGAUGCGACUUUGCACCAUCUGGCCUCAGCUAAGGAAACGUUUGGUGACCUAGAGGCUGCUUAUCGGACCUUCAAACACGAGCUGGAAAUGGUGAAGACUGAGCAUGCCGCGCAGAUCAAUCAACUUCACACCCGUCUAGAAAACCUUCAGAAGGCAAAGGGCGUCUCAGAUGAACAACUAAAUCAGUCGCGAGCCGAGUGUAAGAGACAUCAAGAGGAACUGGUAACGAUUAAGCACACCCUUGCGGAGAGAGACUGGGAGAAGGAGAAUCUCGUACACGAGGUGACCUCGAGUAAGAACACCAGAAAUGUCAUACAAAAGGAAAAGGAGGAGUUGGAGAAAGAGUUUGCGAGUCUGCAACGGGAGAUGGCGUCCAUAUCAGCGGCAGUUAUCCAAAGAGGCGCAGUGGAGGAUAAUGAGCAACUUCGUGCUACAAAACAAGAAGCUGCUCAAUGGGAAGAGAGUUACAACUCUUUAAUGCAAGAGAAGGAAAGCUUUCAGAACGCUUUAAUGGAGCUACAGGACAAACUUGCCAAUAUUCAGGCAGAAUACGAGAAGUCACAAAGGGAACUGAUGAGUUGCAAUCAAAAUUACAAAAUUAAGGUAUCUAAGCUGGAGAUGCAGUUACAAAGCGCAAGCAAACAGAAAGAGAACUUCAAAGCACAGCUGAACGAUUCGCGCGAUGAGUUACGCCAAAACAAAGAUAUACACUCUCAGUUGCAGAAGAAACUCUUCGAGGUACAACAACAAGCUGACAACUCUGAGGAAGUAUUAGCAGCUAAACAACGCCAAGCGGAAAAACUUGAAAUCGCCAAUAAAGAUCUCGUGUCUAAGAUUGAAGAUUUAAAGGAAGAGAUGAAAAAACAGAGGAUGUCUUUAGAACUGCAUGCCACGCAAAGAAAAGGUGUCGAAACUGAGUUGAACUUGUCGCAGUCAAAAGUUACUGAGUUGGACACCGGUUUACAAUCGGCAAUAACUGAAAAAAAUGAUCUUCAGAGACAGCUAUUUGCUGUGUCAAGUAAGCUUACAACUAUGGAAGAGACUAAUAGGAGGAUUCUUGAGAGAGCGACAGAACUUGAAAUGGAGAAUUCAAAGCUGCGCGAUACUGUUUCGGAAUUAGAAUCAGAAAUAUUUGCUCAAGGGAGAAAAGUAUCACAGUUGGAACCUAGUUAUGCUCAAGCCCAGGGUGAUAUUGAACAGCUCACGAUAAAACUUGAAGAAUCUUCAAUUAAAAUCAGCCAGCUGGAGUCCAGCCACGAAGCAACAGUUCGCGAGAAAGACAGACUAAGAGAAGAACUUACUCUAUCUGAACGACGAAUUACUGAGACAAGGUCUCUAUUACAGAAAACUGAAGAUGCUUGCAACGAACUAGAAGAGAAGAUGGCGGCAAUGAAAGGUCAGAUGUUUAAGUUUGAGGGGCAAAGAGAGAGUCAGUCUAAACAGAGGGCAAACCUCAAAGCCGAGCUGGAGGAAGAAAGGUCCAAGGUCACAAAAUUAAAAGCAGAGCUUGCAAGUACAAAAAGUCGUUACGAUGAGUUUCAGAGAAACGCAGAUCUAAAGCAAAAGGAGUCUGGCAAAAAAGAUAAAAUCAUGGAGGAUUUGAGAGUCUCCGUGACGGCACACGAGUUGAAGACAGAAUCUCUGCUCAGUGAGGUUAGCAAACUUCAAGCACAGAUUGAAAUAACGGAGGAAGAGAAAAGGGAACUGCGAGAGGAGACUUUAGACGCCCAGAAAAGAGUCCGAGAUGCGGUUGCCGAAAACCGACAGGCAUCCGAAGAGAACGAAAAAUUAAACCUUGAAGUUCAGUCAUUUUACAAACGAUUGUCUGAGCUACAGGCUUCUUAUAACACAUGUGAGCACGAAAAAUUCGAUUUUCAACACCAGACCAUGGCUUUACAGCAGAAGGUCAGUAAACUGGAGGCUGAGAUCGAAGAAUCGGUUAAGCAGCACUCUGCCAGCGAGAUACGCAUACAGGAAUACGCCACAACCCAUAAUGCUGUUAGCCAAGAGAUUUCUUUACUUCAAAGUAAACUUCUUGAACAACAGUCUAUCAACAACGACCUUUGCAAGGAUAUAGCAGAAAAAGACGCAUUUUCUAAACAGCUUCAAGAGAAAUUAGGUGUGCUCAAAGUGGACUAUGAAGCUUGCCACAAAGAGCUGAAGAAUGUGAGGGACAUGCGCGAAAUGAGUGAAAAGGAGAAGAAAAUGUUACACAAAGACCUCGUGAUUAGACAGGAGGAGUAUUCAAGAGCACAGGGCCUCUAUGAAGCAACUUUAAAACGUAAGGAGCAGCUAGCGGCAGAACUCAAUACGGCACAGAAUCAGAUGGCUAACAUGGAAUUGUCUCUUAAGAGGACUGUAGCCGCUGACAAGGCUAGAGACCUGGAUCACGAGCGAUCGCGGGCAAGUGAACUUGCCAAACAAUUAGCAACAUAUAAAAGCAAAGUAAGCUCCCUGGAGUCUCUGUCUGAGCUUUCAAAGAACGACAUUCAAGGCGUCCUUGACGAAUUAGAAGAAACAGAAAAUAAAAUGUCUGUUUUGAAGCAAGAGCUGGAAGAGACAGUGGCGAACAAAGAAGAGCGAGAGAAAAAGCUAUGCCUUUUAAAGAGAACGAACUCUGAGCUUGAAGAAGAAGUUUUGAUUUGUAGACAAAUUAAAGAGAGAUCAGAAGGAGAACUCCAUAUUAUGAGAACGAGGAUCGCAAAAUAUGAAUCACAAAUCGAGACUAUUCAAGAUCAGAGAGCGCAGCUGAAGGAACAACUUGAUACAAACAACGCUAAGCUUGUUUGUGAUAAAGAUCAAAUUAUGCGACUAGAGAGCCAGGUUAUCGAAGAAAAGAAGAUCAAAGAAACUAUUAAUAAAGAGAUUGUCAGGAAAGAGCAGCUCGUGGAUGAGCUUCAAGUGAAAAUCAGAUCUACAGAAGCAGAAUUAGAGAAGGCAAAAAAUGAACUUAUUACCAUCAAAGUGACAAAUGAGGGGCUGAGAGCAGAGAAAAGCGAGUACGAAAGCAGAAUAACAAACCAACGAGAAAAGCUUGAACAACGUGAGACAGAAGUGUUUGCGCUUAGAGACUCAGUCAUGAGGUUAGAGCAAGAAAUAAGUACUUCCAAAUUAAGGACUGCGAGUCUUGAGGCCAGAAUAUCGAACCUUGAACUCGAUAAAAAGGACUGCAAAACCCAAUGGGAGGAGUCACAGGGGAGAAUCGCAAAGCUGAAGACAGAUUUAAAGGUGUCCCUCAGUCAGAUCCAAGAUAAGGAGCGAUCUUUUGAAAGUCUGCACUCAGAGUUAAAAGAGAAAGGGACUGCUCUGGAAAAAGCGAUGAACGACAAAAUUGCUAUGGAAACGGCGGUAUCAGCAUUGCAACAGGACUUGGAUAUCAUGAAAGCUAACUAUGAAAGGAGUCAGUCGAGAGCAAAGGGCCUGGAGGAUAGCUUAGAGGAGGCUAACAUUAACAUCUCUAAACUCGAGUCAAGCACUUUCUUGAGUGAAAAUGAGGAACUUGAGAAGUCAUCUGAUGAGACAUUAUGGGAAACUGAAGCUUUAUAUAGGCAAAGUCAAGAGAGGGAAAGUUCACUGAGAAAGAAAAUUGAUGACUACAAGAUCAAGAUUAAAAGAAUCGAAGCUGAGAACAAAAAUGCGCAACAAGAAAAUAUGGAACUCAAUCGUGAGAUCAGCCUCCUUCAGAGGAGAACACAAGAGUAUGAGCUGAAAAUCGAGAAAUUCGAACAAGACAAGAGAGCUUUGCAAGAGGAGCUGAUUGGCCAUCAUGGCAAAUUGUCCGAUCUGGAAGUGAAAUAUGAAUAUGAGAUCCGCGAGAAGGAGUCUGUCAAACGCCAACUUGAAAGUGCACUUCAAAGAGCAUCGGCGAGUCGAGAAGAGUUUUUGAAAAACGAUAAACAGCUUAUAGAACAAAGAAUUGGAGCAGACACCAUAAAGAAAGAGAUGGACGAGAAAGUUCUCAUUAUCAACCAGUUGAAAGCUAGCAAACUCUACUUGGAGGAAAGCAGCGAGAGUAUAAAACAAACUUUAGCUGCAUCUCGCGAAGAAUACGAAAGAAUGAAGGUUGAGAAGGACCACUUACAACAGGAAAUCUUGUCUCUUGAAUCGUCCAAUACAGAAUGUGGAACCCGAAUCAAAAAGCUAGCCAAUGAAAGAGAUCGAAUGAAACUCGAGCAUCAAUCUGCUUUGUCUAAGAUAGCGUCACUGGAACAUCAAGUAAUGGAACAAAAUCGAGAGACUGAAUCACUCAGUGGAAAGGUAGAGGAAUGGAAGAAUAAUUCAUUGAUACAUCAAGAAAGUAAAGUGGCAGCAGAUGAACACAUUGCAGAUCUAGAAGCUGACAUAGAUCGACUAAAGACCGAAGCCAUGAAGAAAGAUGCCGAUACAAGAGAGCUUCACGGGAGGUAUGCUAAGUUGGAAACCGAAACUGAGUCUUUAAGGAAGAACCUGCACAGGGUCGAAACGGAAAAUGGUGAGCUGGCUGAAAAAUGCAGAAGUCUUGAAGUUCAGAAUAAAUCUCUUUCACGACGUGAGGCUGAUGACAGAGUGAGUUCAGUUUUCCAGGAAAAAGUUUCAAAUCUUGAAAGGGAGAUCAAGAUGCAAAAAAGAAAAAUUGUUGAGUUGGAAGCCAGCAGCCGAGAAUAUGUUGCGAAAGAAGGGGAACUGCAACAAAAUUUGUACGAAGCUCAGGCUGAGGUUUCAAAAUGGGAAUCGAAAUACAGCAUGAUCCUAGCAAGAAAAAAUGAUAUAGAGCAAGAUCUCAUCGCACUGCAAAAGGAAUUCACCCCGUUAAAAGACGAUCACCAUCAUUCUGUAGUUCGCUUGGAAACUGUUCGUGGUGAAAUGCAAGAGGCUCAAAACAAGAUCUUAAAAUUGGAAAUGGAGGCGAAUUCAGCUGAUAAUGUGCAGAGGCAGUUAGAAGAUAGAGUGCAAGAGUACAUAGAAAAGCUCAAGAUUAGAGAUGAUGAACUGUUAACUGCUCAGCGCAGUUUGCAAGAGGCCAGAUUGCUUCUUGAACACAGCGACGUGACAAGGCAUGAAAACGGGUCCAGUGAUCGCUCGGCAGACGACAACCAAAAGCUUCAGAAGGAAGCUUUCGUGCUUCAGAAGGAAUUGAGUGGCGCGCAGUGUUUGUUGACAGCGGCAAUAAGGGAGAGAGAUGAAUCCUGCAAAGAAGUAUUUAACCUAAAGAGAGUUGUCACAGAGCUGCAAGGAAAACUGGAUGCAUCACAACAGGAGAUUCUAGAACUCCAAACCAGCGUCACUGGGUACCAACGAAAGAUGGCAACGUCUGAUGAAGGAUUCCAGAAGGCAACUAUUGAGCAAUUGACGAUCAAGACCCAGCUGGAUGAGGCCAACAAAAAGGUUGCCUAUAACAAAGAAGAAUUCUUUGAAACGCAGAGAGAGCUUUUCAGCCUUAGAGGUUUGGUUGAAAAUUAUAAAAAGGAGCUGGCGAAUAAAGACAGCUUCCACAGAGAACAAGGCACGAAAAUAAGGCUCCUGGAAGAGGAAUUACGAUCAUACAAGCUAAGGAUUGCCUGCGGAAGUAAUGAUUAUAACACUAUGUAUCAGGAGUUAGCAAAACUGAAACUCCAGCUCGAGGAAAAAGAUAAUUGCCUUUCAAGUUCAGAAGAAAAUAUGAGGAGGAUUAUUCAAGAAAACAGCAAGCUCCAGUUCGAAAUAUCUGACGUUCAGGCUCUUGAAUUAAAGCAAAGACGCGAUGUUAGCGAGUCAAAUCAUAAGACUGAAUGCCUUCAGGGAGAAAUAAUAUCGCUGCGUCAAAAGAUGUCGCACUUGGACGCGCAGAACUCCGCUAAAGAAGAAGAACUUCAAGACUGCAGAAAGGAAUUGCUUAGCUUAAAGAGGGCUAACUUUGGAUUUAAGUCUCAGUAUGAAUCACUUCAGAGACAAAUACAACAAUUACAAACGGAGUUGUCGGCGUCAAAAGCUAAGCUUAGCAUUUUCCAAGUAGAUGAAUCCAAGAGCAAAACGCACAUUUCUUUUUCCAGUAGGUUAAUGAAGGAUGGACUCCCAGCAGAAAACACAGCCCAGAGAAGUGAAGAAAGUGCGCGCGAAAUUUCUCGAUUAGAAGGGAAAGUACUGGAUCUCGAAGCUAAGUUAGCUGCUGUCAGUCAAGAGAAAGAGAAGCUAGAAUGUGAAGUGAUCUGGAAAGCGAGAAGGAUUGACGAUCUCGAGGGAAGGGUAUUAAAGGAUACUAGGCAGGAGACAGAUAUAAGUACUAUAGAAAUAAAAAUAACGGCACUUGAACAGGAUUUAAUUGCCUCAAAAAAUACAAUCACACGGUUAGAAAACGACCGCGAGGCAUACGAGAAGAAAAUAAAAUUCACUGAAGAAAGGUUUAUCUCGGCUGAACAGAAAGCACUUCAGAUGGAAUCAGCUUAUCGUUUGAGUCAGGAGAGAUUCAACGCAGAGCACAAGAAGUUUCUGGAAGUCCAAAACAGGCUUUCUGUAAAAACAACCUCUCUACUCGAAUCGAGCGCCACAAAAUUAGUGAAAACGUUAGACGAUGAACUUCAAGUACAGCUGCGGAAAGAGGAUGAGCUAAGGACAUUAAUAGAGGGGGCCAAAAAGAGAAAUGAUACUUUAGCUGCUGAACUUGUCAGAAACGAAAAAGAUGGAAGAAAUUCUGAUGCACUUUCUAAAGAAAGUGUGCUUACUUGCAGUCUUCAAAAUGAAAAUGAUUUACUUAAGAAAGAAUUGUCACAAUACAGGGAUGACUACCAUCGAACAUACACAGAAAAACAAAAACUUGCUGCAGAAUUCCACGACCUCCAGCUUCAAAUGUCUAGGUGGGAAACAAGUUACCAUGGAAUCAAACGAGAGAAAGACGAUCUUUAUUUCCAGCUUACUGAGUUACAAAACCGGUUUGACCAGUUAAAAGAAUCGUCGCAAACUGAGAAACAGGUGAUUCGAUAUGUUGGCUUUGACACCGAUAGAUCGGGUGUCACCGAUCAAAAUGCCGGUCUACAAAAGCUGAUGGACGAGAAAGGUAGACUCUCUGGUGAGGUAGCUUCCUUGAACCUACUGCUUUCAUCUUACAAAGAAAAACUCGAUUCGCUUCACUUGGAAAAAGUACAGCUGCACGCUAACCUAGAAGAGUCCAAGAGGAAGGUUUUCAACCUCGAACAAGCUAACCACACCCUCACCUCAGAGAAGCGUCAACUUGAGCAUCAGAUUUCCAUUGCACCUGAGAAAAGCAAUAAUCGAUUGGAAGAAAUUGAUAAGAGUUUCCAGUUGGAAAAAUUCCACGAAUGUAUUUACGAACUAGAGAAGGAGACAAGAAAAUUGAAGGCAGAAAAUUACUAUCAUCAGAAAAUUAUGGAGAAGAAAAACGCAGACUUAAGUGAACUGCGCUCCCAAAUAUUUUCCUGGCAGAAGGAGGUAGAGAAACUGGAGAAAGAGUUGUUCGUGGCCAAAGAAGCGUACAAAAAGUCCGACAAGCGAAUGAAAGAAAUCUUCAGCUCUCAACACGAGCCGCUGACAGUGGGAGAUCUCCGUGGCCUAAUCAGCGCAUCACCAGUUUUAAGCAUACGUAGUAUAUCAGUGGUCGAGCAAAGCCUUACAGGAAGAAAUUUGACUGGGGAACAAAGCCUAAGCCUAAGUGAUAUUUAUCCUUUAGAGAGUUUUAGUUGUUCAAUUCACAAUUAAGUGAGUUAUAUAUCUAUAACCAACCUUUUUAACACGACGAGUUACGAUUCUCAGGCAUUUCAAGGAAAGUGCUUUUGGUUAUUUUGCUCAUUAAGUUUUCGUUGAACAUUUGCAGCAA